GCCAGUAACGAUGCAUCACAGUUAUGUCACUCUCGGCAUUCCAUCUACCGAAAUACCGGCCGGUAUAAUUAGCCACAUUGGGUUGCCCAACCCUCGACUUAAUCUAUUACCUCUAACAUGCCAAUGAGACCUCCCAGAUUGAAAGCCGCUCUCCGCCUUUCCCCUCAGUUUGAAGGAACCCUAUAAAGCCUGUGGCCUGCUCAGCCCAUCGCCCUGGAUGGCUCAGUACAGCCCUGUUUCACCUCGAGGGCGGGAAUCACCUCGCUGUUCUAAACAAUAUGAAGCCAAGUUUAGCACUCCUGGCGCUGGCCAGCAUUGGCACUGCUGCUCCAAGUUUGCAGUCCACGCAAGAUGGCAUGUCCAAGCGCGCAACAUGGCCCAACGGCCCUUUUGUCACCUCGGGCCGCUGGAUCCACGAUGCCUCCGGUCAGAACCUGACCUACGCAGGCACCAAUUGGCCCGGGCACGCCGACGUCAUGAUCCCCGAAGGCCUCCAGUACCAAUCCAUUGAAGCCAUCGUGCAGAGAGUCAAAAGCCUUGGUAUGAACACGGUGCGCCUAACCUUCGCCAUCCAGAUGGUCGACGAGAUCUACGCCAACGGGGGCGAGGACAUCACAAUCGAGAACGCCUUCGUGCAGGCCCUGGGACAGUCCAACGGCACGCGGGUUCUCAACCAGGUGCUGGCCAAAAACCCCCAGUUCAGCGCCUCGACGACGCGGCUACAAGUGUUUGACGCCGUCGCCGAGGAGCUUAACAAGCAGCAGCUCUACAUCCACCUCGACAACCACAUCUCCAAGGGCAUGUGGUGCUGCUCCAGCACCGACGGCAACAGCUGGUGGGGCGACACCUACUUUUCGACUUCCAACUGGGUGCGCGGGCUGUCCUACAUGGCGGAGCACGGCAAAGCCUGGCCGGCACUGAUGUCCCUCGGCCUGCGCAACGAGCCGCGCGACCCGACCAACAACCCCUCGCUCAGCCGGUCAUCCUACAACUGGCAAGCCUGGUACGGCUUCAUGCGGCGGGGAGCAGACGCGGUGCACGCGGCCCACCCCGACCUGCUGAUCUUCCUGUCGGGCCUAAACUUCGACACCUACCUGACCCCCGUCGUGCAGGGGACGGCACUAACACCGGGCAACGGGCGGUUCAACCGCGCCGACUUCGCCGGGUACGGCGACGACAAGCUGGUGCUGGAGCUGCACAACUAUGAGACGGGGAUCGGCAGCUGCGGCACGCUGCAGGGCAACCUGGACCGCAACGGCUUCCAGGCGCUGCAGCCCGGCGGCAGCGGCGUGGCCAACGUGUUCCCCGUCAUGAUGACCGAGUUCGGCUUCCAGAUGGACGACCGCACCUGGCGUGGUGUCUAUGCCAGCUGCCUGGCCCAGUACCUCCCCGCGCGCAAGGCUGGUUGGACGAUUUGGGUGCUGGCGGGGAGCUAUUAUGUCCGCUCGGGGAUUCAAGAUUAUGACGAGAGUUGGGGGUUGUUGAAUCAUGACUGGAGUGAAUGGCGGAGUCAGGGGUAUGUGGACGGGGCGUUGAAGGGGAUGGUGAGGGAUACCUUGAGUUGAGGUAAAGAACCGCGAGGUACUUACCUAGGUAGAAACAGAGCAUCCUAGCAGUUUGGUUAUUUUUCCACUCGAACCGGGAAACUUUGUGAGAAUCCCUAAACUGGGUGCCAUGACG